AUGGCUUGCAUUUUACUCCCCUGUUUAGCCACCCUACUCGCAUUAGCCCUGUUUCUCAAGUUGUUGCUCAAAUUCAAAAACAUCUCCUCGAAACCCCAUCCUCCGGGCCCGCCGGGCUGGCCGCUGGUCGGCAACAUCUUUGAUCUGGGCGAGGUGCCCCACCAGACACUCCACAAGCUACAGGCCCGCUACGGCCCGGUCAUCCGACUCAAGCUCGGGACCAUCAACACCAUCGUCGUACAAUCAUCUGAAGUAGCGGCUGAGCUCUUCAAGAAACACGAUCUCACAUUUGCCAGCCGAAAAGUGCUAGAUUCAAUGACAGCCUUAGGGUACAACCGGGGCAGCCUGGCCUUUGCGGCCUACGGUGAGUACUGGCGGAAGGUACGCCGCAUUUGUACAGUGGAAUUUCUCGUCAUGAAGAGGCUAAACGAGUCGAUUCCCAUCAGGCGGAGGUGCGUGGAUGGUUUGGUUGACCGGAUCAACAGCGUAGUCGAGAGAUCCGAGGAUCCGAUUAUUGAAUUGAACUCGUUCCUCUUUUUGGCUGCUUUUAAUGCGGUCGGGAACAUAUUGUUGUCGGAGGAGGUUAUGAGGACGAAGCUCGAUGAGAAGGGUGAGUUUUUCGAGGCCUUUCUCAAGUUUGUGGAAUGCUUAGGGAAGCCUAACGUGGUCGAUUGUUUCCCAUUUUUGAAAUGGCUCGACCCACAGGGAAUUAGGAGGAAUACGGGCAAGUAUUUGGAAAGGUGGAUAAGGUUUGCGUCCGGGAUUGUGAGUGAUAGGAUUCGGGAGAGGGAGUCCGGUGUGGGAAUGAAGAAGAAUGAUUUCUUGGAUGCUCUGUUGGAUGAAGGUGAAGUUAAUCAAGAUGGCCCUGAUAAGCUAUCAUUGAAGAACAUCACAAUUGUCCUGCUGGAAAUGUUUCUAGGUGGAACCGAGACCACAGGAACCACAAUCGAGUGGGGAAUGGCCGAGUUGCUUCGUCAUCCGAGCUCGAUGGAAAAGAUCCAAGAAGAAAUCGAUCGGGUCGUGGGACGUACCCGGAGAGUGGAAGAGGAUGACCUAACUCAGAUGCCUUAUCUUCAAGCAACCGUGAAGGAAAUACUGCGAUUACACCCAAGUGUCCAGAUGCUACUUCCGAGGAACUCAAUGGAGGAUACAGAGUUGAUGGACUACUUUGUGCCAAAGGAUACACAACUACUUGUGAACGCAUGGGCAAUCCAUAGGGACCCGACCGUGUGGCCCGACCCACUGUCCUUCAAGCCCGAGAGGUUUUUGGACGCUGAUGUGGACUUCAGGGGCCAACACUUUCAUCUGAUUCCAUUUGGUUCGGGUCGACGGAGCUGCGUCGGCGUUAACCUGGGCCACAGAAUGGUGGGCCUUACUUUGGCCAGUUUGCUGCAAGUGUUUGACUGGAAGCUUGCCGGAGGCCUCGAGCCAGAAGAGCUGGAUAUGAGGGAAAUGGUGGGCUUGACCUUGCGAAGGAAGGUGCCCUUAAAAGUAAUCCCUUGUUUACGAGAAUAA